AUGCACGACCUGGAGAAGCCCCUGACCUCCUUGACGGACUACCGGCGACUGGGCAACUCGGGCCUGAGGGUUUCUCCGCUAUGCCUGGGCACGAUGACAUUUGGGACAAAGUGGGAGCGGCUGAUGGGGCAAUGCAGUCGGGACGCUGCUGAGGCCAUGUUCAGCACAUACGUUGACAAUGGAGGCAACUUCAUUGACACAGCGAACAAGUACCAAGAGGGUGAGACUGAAGAAUGGCUGGGGGACUUCCUGGCAAGGCAUGGAGGGCGGGACGAGCUGGUCAUUGCAUCUAAGUACUCGCUGCCCCUGCCCAUGGGCAAUGUCAACUUUGCUGGGAACCACAGGAAGAACAUGUUCCAGGCCCUUGAGGCCUCUCUGAAACGGCUCCAGACGUCCUACAUCGACGUGUACUAUGUGCACUUCUGGGACCACAGCACACCUGAGGUGGAGAUCAUGCGCGGCCUCGACGACCUGGUGCGCAGCGGCAAGGUGAUGUACGUCGGCAUCUCUGACACACCUGCAUGGGAGGUCGCACGCUGCAACACGAUCGCCGAGCACUUCGGCUGGACACCCUUCAUCUCGUAUCAGGGCAGGCACAACAUCGGCGAUAGGAGCAUGGAGAGGGAGAUCAUACCCAUGUGCAGGAAGCUGGGCCUGGGAGUAUGCCCCUGGUCGGUGCUGGGCGCCGGCAAGUACACUGGCAGGCACCAGAAGCCCGAUUCCAAGCUGGCGGGUGCGAGCGGCCGCAAGGGGGUCAAGAUGGGUGACAGAGAUUACAACAUCGUGGAAGAGGUGCUGGCCAUAUCAGAGGAAACCAAGAAGACGCCAACCCAGGUCGUCCUGAACUGGGAGCUCCAGCAGCCGGGCAUCUGCGCGCCCAUCCUGGGCCUGCGGAAGAUGAGCCACCUCGUCGACAACCUCAAGGCCAUGGAGUUCACGCUGUCGCCGGACCACAUCGGCCGGCUGAACGACGUGGCCAAAUUCGACCUGGGCUUCCCGCUGGACUUCAUCGGCACCUCCUACGAGACAUGCCCAUGGGUCAACUGGCAGGUGCCGGACGCGGAGUGA